GUCCUCCUGGCGCUGCUCACUUCACCCAGUGCCGGAGUUCCGUGCAGCACGGGCUCUGGGAACUUUCCCCUCAGCACUUUCUGUUUCGGAUUGGAGAAGUCGUCCCAGGCAGCUGGCGUGAGCUCCAUGGACAGGAGAAUAUGAAGUUUCUCAGGAAAUAGGCGUCUCUUACUUUCCAGUCCUCCAUCUUGCACAAACCCAGUUCACGGAUUACGAGGAUACAGCACACACAUAAAAGACAUGUCUAUAGGACUAAAGCAAGUAUUCAACAAAGACAAAACUUUCCGACCUAAGAGAAAGUUUGAUCCUGGCACACAAAGGUUUGAACUACAUAAACGUGCACAAGCUUCUUUAAGUUCGGGAGUUGACUUGAAAGCCACAGUUCAGCUGCCCAGUGGAGAAGACCUCAAUGACUGGGUGGCUGUUCACGUGGUGGACUUCUUCAAUAGGAUUAACCUCAUCUAUGGUACCAUAUGUGACUUUUGCACAGAAAGGACAUGUCCCGUUAUGUCUGGAGGUGCAAAAUAUGAAUAUAGAUGGCAGGAUGACAUGAAAUACAAGAAGCCGACUGCCUUACCAGCACCUCAGUAUAUGACCCUACUCAUGGAUUGGAUUGAAGUACAAAUUAACAAUGAGGAUAUAUUCCCUACAAGUGUGGGAAUCCCUUUCCCAAGGAACUUUCUCCAGAUCUGCAAGAAAAUCCUGUGCAGACUAUUCCGUGUGUUCGUCCAUGUAUACAUUCAUCACUUUGACCGUAUCCUACUCAUGGGAGCAGAAGCACAUGUUAAUACCUGCUACAAGCACUUUUACUACUUUGUAACAGAACUGAACCUCAUAGAUCGCAAGGAGCUAGAGCCACUGAAAGAGAUGACAUCACGAAUGUGCCAGUGAAGUGAGAUGACCAACAAGAAAAAGGCAACACAGUCGCCCCCCUGGAUUGUCCUAUUAACUCUUGGCAGAUACUGCUUGUGAUUGACCGCCUGGAUCGUGGUUGUGUUUCCAUCUCUUAUUGCCCAGACUUCAACAAUGCUGCUACUCAAGUUCUGACGUUGAUGUAACUGGAAAAUGAAGCAGAACUUGUCCUUCUCAAUGGGAUGUUAGAAUAAUAUGUAUUCAAGAGAAGCAGACUUGUUAUGGAGCAUCACUAGAAUUCAGCUUUUGGGCAGGCACGCAUUUUUGUUUUUGAAAAACUUAAUUUAUACUAAUUUAAAAUGACAAAUGUUUAAGGGAACUCAUAUUCUUAAGCUAGGUUUAGGUUUAGGAUCACCAAUGUACUUCUCCAAUGGGUGAUAAAUGUUACAUUCAGAAUGGGACUGAGUAUAUGGAUACAAUGCUUUGUCCUUAAUACUAGUGAGCGUCUAUAUUUGACAGCAGGUCACACGGAGAGUGAAUUCACCACUUGCAUUAUUGUACAGGCAGAAUAUGUCAUUUCUGAAUAUAUGUGCAUAAGGGUUUGAUUGCUGCUUGAGUUGGAAGGUCAGGAACGGGUGAAAAGAGAACAUAUCACUGACUGCAGAAGAGGUGGAAGGUGAAUGGUCACCCUACUCUUCUCCUGAGCGGUGCACCAGCAGUUGACCGCAAAUAUAACAAGGUUCCUAUGUUUCUCCAACAGAAAGUUUAAUGAUCUUUAAAGUGAACCUGUCACCAUG